GUUACUAGAUGAAAAACAUGUGAUAAUUCUUGAUUCUUUUGUUGGAUUUUGUAUUGUUAUUUCGGAAAAUCAUCCAGAUAACUUCUUUUAACUUAUUCAAUCAUGGCCGAAUCGCUAAAAUCACCGACUCAGCUCACAAUAGAAUCUUGGAUUCAAAAACAAUUAAGACUAAUUAAAUUAGAUUAUGAUGAAGAAUUGGAACGAAACCAAGAACUGCGAUCCAAACAUUCAUUAAAGCAAUUGGAAAAAAGUGGACAUGCCGUGCGUAAACUUAUGGUUACUAAUCAACGAACAGCUUUUGCUAAAAAAGUUAUACAAUUUUCCGUAAGACCUGAAAAACGUGAUUUUGUCAAUUUGAUCAAUAGCGGCAUGUCGCAUGGUGAUAUAGUCGGUGUUACCACACAGGAGCAGACUUCGGCUCUGUGUACCGGUGUAGUGCUUCAAGUAAAGCGUUUAACUUGCGAGAUUGCUUUCAAUACUGAUACAACCAUGUUCGAGGAAGAAAACGACAAAUUUUUCAAUCUAAUUCAAUUAACAAAUGAUAUAACAUAUCGCCGAAUCAAAUAUGCAUUGGAAAACUUAUACGAACGAUCUCUUAGAAAUUAUCUGGUCUCAUUACUUUUUGGCAACAAUCCACUUCUUGAUCCGUUGACUGUCUUACCGCCUUAUACCAAUGAUUUACCUUAUCCAUUAGCUGGGCAAUCCAAUAUUAUCUGGUUUAAUACGAAUUUGAAUUAUUCUCAAAAAAAUGCAAUCGAAUUCGCAUUGUAUCAACGUCAUAUAGCUGUCAUACAUGGUCCGCCUGGAACCGGCAAGACAACUACAUUGACUGAAUUGAUUCUUCAAAUGAUCACACGUGGUCUUCGGGUAUUGGUAUGCGCGCCUUCGAACGUGGCUGUUGAUAACAUUUUUAAACAGUUGAUCCAUUCUUCACAAAAGAAUAUUUGCGCGAGAUAUCGCUUGAAACGAUCGUUCAAUUUCGUUAGAAUGGGUCAUCCUGCUCGGAUGGACUCUGAGAUACAACCAUAUUCAUUAGAUUCAAUCGUUAUGAACGAAGGGGCUGAUGUACUUGGUGACCUUAAGAACGAAAUCAACCAGAUAAAGUUGGAAACCAAACAGAACAGGUACACUCGUGGUCAGAUUCGUGAACGAAUGAAAGAAUUUGAUCAGAUGGAAGAAAAAGUUUCGAAACAAAAACUAAGAGAAGCUCAUGUUAUAAUGUCCACAUGUAAUGGCGCAGUAAUGAAUGGUCAAUUACGUUAUCUUUAUGAUGACCUAAACACAUUUUCAUUUGACGUGGUCAUUAUUGAUGAAUGUGCACAAGCAUUAGAGGCUUCUACCUGGAUACCAUUAUCAUAUGCCAAGAAAUGUGUGCUCGGCGGUGAUCACAAACAAUUACCAGCAACAAUCUGUUCACAGGAGGCCGAAAAACAAGGUUUGGGAAUUUCUCUGAUUGAACGAGUUGUUGAUCAAUUUCGAGAUUGCCCAGAUAAAGUUGUCAGAAUGUUGACCGUUCAAUAUCGCAUGAAUGGAUUGAUUAUGAAUUGGCCAUCAAGCUUUUUCUAUGAAAAUCGUCUCGAAGCAGACGAUUGUGUAGUUGAUCGUCGAUUGAAAUUAAAAAACCUCGACGAACCAUUGCCAGUUAUUCGAUUGAUCGAUACGGUCGGUUGCUCAAUGUAUGAAUUAGAAUCUGAUCAACAAAGUUUGUCCAAAGGAAACAUUUAUGAAGUAAAACUAGUUUGCAUUGUGAUCAAAGACCUUUUAGAUAAUGGCCUAUCACCUGCUGAUAUUGGUGUCAUCUCGCCUUACCGGCUUCAAACAAGCCUAAUAGAAGCCGGAUGUCGGCGAAUGUAUCCAGAAAGCAUCACCGAUCAGCUAGAAAUAAAUUCUGUUGAUGCGUUUCAAGGAAGAGAAAAAGAAGUGAUCAUUUUGUCAUUAGUUCGAUCAAACGAUGAAGGAACAAUUGGAUUUUUAAUCGAAGAACGUCGUUUAAAUGUUGCUAUUACUCGUUCCCGCUCUCAUUUAGUAGUUGUUUGCGAUUCCGGAACAGUAACAAGAAAUUCAACGGCAUUAGAGAAAUUUAUUGAUUAUUGUUAUGAAUACGGAAAAGCAGAAAGCGCUUCCGAUUAUCAAGAAUUGAUGGAUCAGAUAGAAAUGGAUCAUAUACCCCAGGUGGUUUCGUCCAAUUCACAGCAAGCGGUUGGUAUACAAUCAAACAAGAACAAAGAUUUGAAGAAAAAUCCAAAAUCAAACCGAAAACAAGAUAACAACAAUAAAAAUAAGAAAAAACAAAACAAUAGCAAGCGAGAUGUUCAUACAAAAUCGAAUAUCUCAAUCAAUAAAGAUAAACAAUCAUUGAAUAACGAUCAAGAUGAACAAUUGUUUAAACAAUUGGAAGAAUUUACAAAAAACUCACUCAUUAAUGAGCUACGAUUUCCAGAAACAUUGAAUUCAGGACAAAGAUUUCGGCUAUAUGAAAGAUGUGAAAAAUUGAACUUGUUGCAUGAGACAAAAAUUCUGGAUGCCAAUACUGAUCCGCCAAGAAAACAAGUGAUUGUACGUAGGCCAUUAUAAUUUUUAUCAGCAAUAAUAUACAGAAUUUACCCAUUGAAAAUUCUAAGUUGUUUCCAAUUUUCGCCAUCCAAAAAAACAAUCGACAUGUAAGCAUUUGGUUACGCGGUCGAUGACAUCUGUGAUAAUGACAUUUCG